GCGUGACCCAACGCGCCGGCUGAAUUUUGUUGGCGCUUGCCAGAACCUUUGCAGAAUGCAAGCAGUUGCAAGACAAGUGCGAUGCGCGAGUCGCUUAGGCACUCCGGCGCAGUUCCGCAUAGUAACCUCAUCCCACAUUCAAUGGCAAUGUCAGCGGAGAGCCUCUAGCUACUACAAUCCUUUGCAAUGGAUUCAGGAGAAGUUUGCCCCAAGGGCAAGAAAGGUGGAGGAGAAGAGAACAGGAGAACAGGAGAAACAGGGCCAGCAGAGCGCGUUCGAGGCGGCUGUGAGUCAAGAGAAGGGGGUGCGCCCUAAAACAACAUCGGUCGAAAGCGCUCCUACUGUCGUCAAGAAGAAGAAAGCCACUGAACACAAAUACUCCACAGCUAACUUCAAAAUUUCACAUAGAAAGCUCAAUAUGAUUGGUCGACAGAUAUCUGGCAGGCCAAUUGAUCAUGCUAUCGUUCAAAUGCAAUUUAGCGAAAAGCGAGCCACGAGCAGGAUAAAGAGCAUGUUGGCGACGGCAAAACUUCAUGCUACAGCUUACAAAAAUAUGGAUCCUUCCAAACUCGUCGUUGCGGAAGCCUGGGUAACCAAGGGGCCCAAGCAACUAAAGCGACUUGAACCUCGGGGACGUGGAAAGUUUGGUAUCAGAGUUCACCCCGAUUCGCGCAUGCAUGUGAUCUUGAGGGAAGGGAAGACAUUCGAGCAACUGAAGAAGGAGCAACGCGAGCGGCGUUUGAGAAGAAUAGUCUCUGCAGGGUUGGUUCGGGAGGAUGUACCGCUCAGGAACCCCGCUCGGACCUGGCAGUGGUAGCCGUUUCUAGUCUUGAUUACUCUCUCAGUUGAUAUAUAAUCGUGCUUUUGAACCCUUCCAUCAUGCCUUGCCAGCGCGACCGCUGCGAUGAAUCCGAUUAAGCCCAAUGUUAUUGAUUCAUUAUAUUCGAACUUGGUACUAUGUGCUUAUAGUUAGUACGUACUGCGAUUCUAAAAAUAGUCGGUCAGAAUAACAACACGU